CAGGUCCCAACAACUACUAGAGACGAAGUGAAAGGGUAAACCCUAAUCGCCUAUCGCCGAGAGAGCUCGCUCGCUCGAUUCCUAGGGUUUCGUCUCCUCCUACUUGAUGGGGCAUCGAUGGAGACCGAGGGGGAAGGUCGAUCCCGAGGACGAAGCGAGGGAGGCGGAGCCGGCGAUCGUCCUCGGCAGCAGCGACGACGACGAGGACGACGAGGGGAACGAGGACCUCACGCUCGCGAUCUUGGAGAAGGCGCGGCAACGCGAGGCGAUGAGGCGGGGGAGCGAGGGUGGGGGCGACGCCGUGGCCUCCGCCAUGGUCGUAAACCUCUCUUCCUCCUCCGACGACGACGAGGAGGGCGAGGUCGAAGAGGGGGAGAGGACGAAGAAGACGAAAAAGUCGACGAAGAAGAAUAAGAGGGAGAAGAUGAAGAGUACGCACGUCGACGAGAGCGAGAUUCCACAGGUAGUUGGAACUGAAGAGGAACCAUUGGGAACAGCCGAAUCCGUGCUUACCGAAGUGAACGAAACAUCGGACAAUGCAGUUUUGCGGAAGCUUCUUCGAGGUCCGAGGUACUUCGAUCCCAUGGAGAGCAAAUGGGAGACUUGCUUUAAUUGUGGCGAGGAAGGUCAUGUGGCCGCGAGUUGCACGAUGGAGAAGCGGCAAAAGCCGUGCUUUGUUUGCGGGCUGUUCGGGCACAGUGCAAAGCAGUGCACGCAGGGGCAAGAUUGUUUCAUCUGUAAAAGAAGAGGGCAUAUUGCGAAGGACUGCCCCGAUAAGAAUAAAAAGAUUUCUCAGGAUUCUAAAAUAUGUCUACGAUGCGGAGAUGUAGGACAUGAUAUGUUCUCAUGUAGAAACAACUACCCACCAGAUGAUAUGAAGGAGAUACAGUGCUAUAUAUGCCAAAAGCAUGGUCAUCUAUGUUGUGCGGAGUUUGCACAUAGCAAUACAACAGAAGUCUCUUGUUAUAAUUGUGCUCAGGCCGGUCACGCUGGUUCUGGAUGUGCGAAGCCACGUGGUGAAGUUUGUGUGGAUGCGUCACCAACUCUAUGCUACAAAUGUGGUGAAGAAGGGCACUUUGCGCGCGGCUGUACAAAAAAAAUCAAGCAUGGAAAGAAAGGCGAAUCAUCAACUCCUAGUUGGAAGUCGGCAAAGGAGAAAAGAGAUUUAGUCAGUUUUAGGUCGGUGCCGCACGACAUUGGCAAAGCCAGUAAAAGAAAAUCUUUUGCACAUGAACAAAGAGAAACAACAUCAUUCAAUUCAAGAAUUAAGGGUGGUUGGAUUGUUGAUGAUCCGGGUGACCUGCCAACAAAGAGAUACAAAUCAAAAGGUUGGGCAUCUCCGUCAACGCCAGUCCAAAGGGGUCACGGAAGUCAUUACUUAGGUUCUGGUGGGAAAUAUGCUUCAAGUUCUGAGUCUUUUAAGAAGCAGAAGUCAGUUUUCGCAUCUCCCAGCUCAAACUCUUCUAAGAGUGCGCACAAGCAUGGAUAUUCGGACUCGAGAUUUGUUAACUCCCAUCUUCGUUUUGGGUGAACUUAGUUGGAAAUUCAUUUUAUUUUUUCGUUCUGCUAGACAACUCCGGAAGGAAAGAAGUUCGGAACAGGGUGUGGAGACAGAAAACCUUAUGAGACUGAGAACAAGGUUGUAUUUAUCGCAUGCUUGGGGGCUAAUUACAUCCUGUAUAUUAUGUAAUGUUUUAUGUCUCGAGCAAUUGUAGAUAGAUGAAACAAAUUUAGUAGCAGUCUUUUAAAUUUAAUUUCUUUUUUUUGGGUUUUGCGUGGUGGUUAAAUUUGCUGCAUUCCUUCCUCAAAGAAUAUUCUUCUGCAGCCUAAAAUAACCUGCUGUGAGAGAGAGAGAGAGAGAGAGAGAAAGAGAGCGAUAAAUUGCGGGAUGUAUGGUCUCUCUAGAACUGUUCUCUUUGAAUCUGAUUCACAAUUUCAAGAGAUAUGAGAACUAUUGUGCUGUUGAUUUUUUAUUAUAUGAAGAUGGUUUCCAAACA